UGGAGUUCGCCGCUGACUCUUCUUUCAUUCUUUGAGGUCAAUUCGCAGGAUUUCGAAUCAGUCCUGCGCUCUGCAUAUACGUACACACACAGACGAGAUGUCGGACGACUUAAACCGGAUCCUGGCGAUAUCGUCGCAUGUGGUGCAUGGCUACGUGGGCAAUCGGGCGUCCACGUUCCCGCUGCAACUCCUAGGCUGGGACGUGGAUGUGCUCAACACGGUCUCGUUCUCGAACCACACCGGCUACACGCAGUGGAAAGGCGAGCGUGUGACGGCCGAGAUGAUCACCGACAUAUACGAGGGCCUGAAAUCAAACACGCUGACAGACUACGACGUCGUGCUCUCCGGCUACCUGCCCGGAGCCGAGGCCGUCCGCGCGGUCGGCCGCGUGGUCGAGAACCUGCGCAACGAUCAACGCACGUCGCAGUACGGCCGCGACCAAAUCAUCUGGGUCCUCGAUCCUGUGAUGGGCGACGAAAAUAGGCUCUACGUCGCGCCCGAGGUCGUGCCUGCGUACGAGAGCCUGCUGCCGCUCGCGACCGUCAUCACACCGAACCAGUUCGAGACAGAGCUGCUGACCGGCACAAAGCUCUCGAGCGAGACCGACAUCUUCACCGCACUCGCGAUCCUCUACGACAAAUUCCACACGCCAAAUAUCAUCAUCUCCUCGGCUGUGCCGGCGCAGUCAGAAACCACCACCACCACAACCUCAUCAUCCGAGUUCCUGUGCGCGGGACAGACGCUGCGGCAGGAUGGCUCGCUAUGCCAAUUCUACCUCCGCCUGCCCUUCAUUAACGCCUACUUCACCGGCACAGGCGACCUCUUCGCGUCCAUGGUCGCCGACAAAUUCUACAAGCACACGCAGCGGUGCAAGCAGACGUACCCCGCCGGCACCGCCAUCCCGGACGAGGACCUCCCGCUCGUGCGCACGAUCGAGGACGUGAGCGCGGUCGUGCAGGCCGUGCUGCUGAAAACGGCCGAGAGCGUGCAGAAAUACAACGAGCGCGCGGACAGAGAGGCCGAGGUGUCUGGUGUGCCGAGGCCGGAGAAGGGAACAAAGGAGCGCAGGAUCGCGGAUAUGAAGCAUGGCGAGCUACGACUGACGCAGAACCAAGAGGUGUUUAGAAGCGUCAAGACUACAGUCAAAGCUCAAUUCCAUAGACAAUAACAUAAUAGACUAGAAACCGUGCUCACAAAUAAAAUGGAAGCAAAAUAGUCUUUUCGAACAAUGGCUUAUCUGUCACGCUUAAGUUCCAUGCCUAUAAAGACCCUCUUUUAAAUGACUUUGCACGUUUAUACUUGCUUGGAUAUACUACUUGGUUUGAUAUAAUGUAAAAAUUAGAAGAUUGUAGAUUCAAUUGCGCGACUCCCAUUUUUAUAAUUAUAUAAAAAAAAAAUGCCAGAAAAUACCCUUGAACUCCUAAAGUAGAUAUGUAUACAUAUGAGAGAAACC